AAUUGUCAAUAAAAUUGCAUCAAAAAUAUGUCAGAAAGCUGCUUAAACAUUGAAAAUCUUGAUAAGGAAACCACCGCCAACAAUGAAGCUACUUCUUCACAUAAUAUCUAUCUUAAACGUUUAAUGGCUGGAGCUAACAAAAAUGAGCCUGAAGACAAGGAUGAAAAAGAAGAUGAUUUACCUACCGUAGAAUAUGAAGCUGAGGAAAUUGCCACCAAAAAAGUAAGACUUGAUGUAGAGCUUUCCGAAGAAACUUUACCGACCAAAAAGAGCCGCAAAGCUUUAAUACAACAUUGGUCAAAAGUUGCCCUAUUAUUUAUUAUAUGGUGCAUUUACGCCAUAUCCAUAGUGACUCAUAAAGAACAAUUAUAUAAACCAUUAUUGUUGGCUCUAGCACCCAAGCAGGAUAAAUUUGUUCAAUUACAACCGGAGCCCAGUACAAAAACAGCCAUAGAGGUUUUAGUAAAAGGACCUUUUCAAAUUGAACAGGAUGUGGAGGUCAUACCCCAGGAAACUCAACCACAAUUAACCCUACAAGUGCUUAUGGUUGCAGAAGACAAUAAAGAGACCAUAAUAUCCAAAAAAUGGGGUUUAUUAAUCGAAAGGCCCCAAGAAUUGGAAUAUGUUUUGGCCGUGCCUAAGCAAAUACACAUGAAUCUAAAUGAAGAUAUUAGCCGGCUUAAACAAAAAGCCAAAUUAUUUUUGAAACUCAAAACCAAUAUAGAAAAGGAUUUAACUGUGAAGCUAUCGUGUAAUAUGACCCCUGUGGAUCAGACUUUGGGCAUUAUUUAUGGCACUUUUGUUUUAUUAUUCUUGUAUAUAAUGAUAAUCUGGGAAUUUAUAAAUCGCACUUUGGCCUCGGUAGUGGCAUCUACUUUAGCCAUUGGCAUUUUGGCUGCUUUAAAUGCCCGUCCUUCUACCGAAAUCAUUUUAAAAUGGUUGGAUGUGGAAACCUUAAUGCUGCUGUUUGGCAUGAUGAUUUUGGUGGCCAUACUCUCGGAAUCGGGUAUUUUUGAUUACUUAGCGGUUUUGGCCUAUGAAUUGGCCAGAGGUGAACUGUUUUAUUUGAUUUAUGUUUUAUGUUUUUUCACCGCUUUUCUAUCGGCCUUUUUGGACAAUGUAACCAUGAUGUUGCUCAUGACUCCCGUUACCAUACGUCUAUGUGAGGUCACCAAUCUUAAUCCUGUGCCGGUAUUAAUGAGCAUGGUUAUAUAUUCUAAUGUGGGUGCAGCCCUAACGCCCGUAGGAGAUCCUCCCAAUAUAAUUAUCAUGACCAAUCAUUAUGUAGAAACUAAUGGUGUCAAUUUUGGCAAUUUUAUAGCACACAUGCUGCCGGGAGUGGUAUUGGGUCUUUUAACCACUUUUGCUUUUUUAUAUGUGAAAUAUCCCAAAAUAUCGGGUUAUAUGAAUAAACAGUCUGUGGAAAUUGAGGCCUUGAAACAUGAGAUUCAAGUAUGGGAAAAGGCUGCCCAAAAUAUACAACCCAUCACUACAGAUGAGGAAAUUGUGCAAAAUACUUUACAGAAAAAAGCUCAUGUCUUGAGGCAAAAGCUUAAAGAACUGGAAGCCAAAGGAGUUUAUAUGGAGGUUGACUACAAGACAACUUUGGAGCAAAUGAAAGCCUCCUAUCCCAUACGCAAUAAGGUUCUAUUGAUAAAAGCCUCCAUUUCAUUUGCUUUCGUUUUGGUGCUAUUUUUCCUGCAUACGGUACCGGAUUUGCAACAUCUUUCUUUGGGCUGGAGUGCUUUAGUGGGUGCCAUACUCCUUUUAAUACUAGCAGAUACCGAUAUAGAAGCUGUUCUAUCUAGAGUGGAAUGGUCUACUUUACUAUUCUUCUCCUCUUUGUUUAUAUUAAUGGAGGCUUUGACGGAAUUAGGUCUUAUAGGCGCUUUGGGCGAUAUAUGUGUCAAAUGUAUUUUAAAAGCUGAACCACAACAACGUCUUUUAGUGGCCAUUUUAAUAAUAUUAUGGAUAUCUGGCAUAGCCUCGGCUUUUCUGGACAACAUACCUGUUACCACCAUGAUGAUCAAAAUUGUGGUUAACUUAAGUCAAAAUAAGGAAUUAGAUUUGCCCCUGCCACCCUUAGUAUGGGCUUUGGCAUUUGGUGCUUGUUUUGGCGGUAAUGGCACUUUGAUAGGAGCCUCGGCUAACGUGGUCUCCUCGGGUGUGGCCGAACAACAUGGUUAUCGUUUUUCAUUUAUAGAUUUUUUCAUAUUUGGUUUUCCCAUUAUGUUAUGUACUUUAGUAGCCGCCACUAUUUAUCUCUAUUUGGCUCAUUGCUUUUGGACUUGGCAUUGA